AAACUGGAACAGUGGAACCUGGGUGAGGGCAGUGAACAGACGUGACGAAAAAGCUGGUGGGAAAUCGAUAAAUAAGUAGUCAUUUGGGAUUGGAUUGAAUCAGAUGCAAUGGAACCUGGAGAUCGCGGGCGUUGCUCUCCAUUCACUCCACCAUCACCUUCAGCGGUUGUAGGAGGCAAUAAGGAAGGAAAGAAAAAGGAGCAGCAUAAUGCGUCACCAGAUUCUGCCGUAAGGGGAAUGGGAAAGUUAAAUACCGGCGAUGAUAACUCACCUUUCGAUAUAUGUCCCCCUAAACAGCCUGGAAGCGUUGUUCUGAAACCUUCUUUGCUGGUGAAGAACAGAGAAAUAAGGAACCAAAUGAGAGGGAAUGUUGAUAAGGUAUUAUCGUUAAGGCCAGGGAUGGUCCUUCUGAAGAGUUACCUGACACUGAGCGAGCAGGUGAAGAUAGUGGAAAAAUGCAGAGAGAUGGGGGUGGGUGGCGGAGGAUUCUACCAGCCUGGUUACGGGGAAGGGACACAACUGCAUUUGAAGAUGAUGUGUCUGGGCAAGAACUGGGAUCCUCUCACCACCCAAUACGGAGAACAACGCCCAUUUGACGGAGCAAAGCCACCCCACAUUCCUCCUGAGUUCCAUAACUUGGUUCACAAUGCAAUCGGGGAUGCCAAUGCUCACAUUCCUAAUAAUCCACUUCCCUCCAUCUCCCCCGACAUUUGCGUUGUCAAUUUUUACUCACAAAAUGGCCGUCUGGGUCUUCAUCAGGACAAGGAUGAAAGCGCAGAGAGUCUUCGUCUAGGCUUGCCUGUCGUCUCCUUCUCCGUUGGAGACUCCGCAGACUUUUUGUACGGUGAUGACAGGGACGCCUACAAGGCACAAAAAGUGGUACUGCAAUCCGGAGAUGUUUUGAUCUUUGGUGGCCACUCUAGAAAUGUUUUCCAUGGUGUAACCGCCAUUCAUCGAAACACUGCUCCCGACCUCUUGCUCCAACAAACUAAUCUACGACCUGGUCGCCUUAAUCUUACCUUCAGACAGUACUAAAUUAUCAUAUGCCUCUCUCUUUUAACUAACUUUUGUUUUACGCUUAUAGCAUUUUGAAUUGGUCAAUAGCACUACAUUUAGAUCUGUUUGAACGACCCCCACAAGAGCCGUAGACGGCUUUGCUUUAUUUUAUAUACAAGAGGAAUUGAAAUUUAACUUCAGGUCAGUCCCUUUUUUAUUUAUUUUUUGAGUACAAAUAGCAUUGUAUAUCACAUUGCACUACAAACAGAGCAGUCCAAGCUCUCCAUUGCAAACGUUUGGCUCAACCACAUUUAAUAAUUUAACAAAUAAAUAGCAUUAGAGUUAUGUUGUUGUGAAACCGUUUAUUGACCUAGAAUCAAGCUCGGUUCUCCAAAGCUAAUGCGGCAGAAUCAACGUGGACAAGUAAACAAGAAUAUACUUUUUGCUUCAACCUGUCAACAAUCUCCACCAGCCCUUCGCUUUCCGCGUUGGAACUGCUUCUCAGUUUGUCCAGCCACUCGUUUGCAUGCUUAAGGUGUGACAGCGUGAGAGCUAUAUGGUUGGCUUGCUCCAUUUGUCUCCCUGCAAUAUCCUUACUUUCCUUGCCCUUCUCUUGGGACCCCACGGAAAACCCAGCAUCAAGUGUCUUUUCCAAGUACAUCAGAAACCAUGAUCUUGUUUCAUUUAAAAAGACAUCCCUCAGAUCAUCGAUCUCUUUCAUACCAUCCCCUUUGGCCCAUUCUUGUUUCUCAUUCCCUGAUAGUUCGGCUAAAGGUUUUACAUUCUUUGACGUGCUUUUAGCAGGAUUCAAACCUGCCGUUUUGCCCAAUUUAUGUUUUUCUGCAGGAGAUGGAAUCUUAUAUACUUGAAGUGAGUUAUCCUUCAACUGAGUUGUACCGUUUGGCUGGUCCAUGAGCUGUUGGAGAGCAAAAAACUUGUUCAGUGUCGCAUGAGGAUUCUCUGAUGAUGCAGAAGAGCAGAUAUUGGCGAACAUACUGAAAAGGAAAGAGAGGAGGUAAUUAGAGGGUCAGAAAAACAGAAGGAAUAGUGCAUUCACUUCUUCUUCCCCUUGAGGAAUAUAUCAUUCAAAUGCUUCCUUUUGAGCUUCUACUACAACUUGAGAUGCUAGAUGUUUCCUUCUAAGAAUACCCUUAUAAAAUGAAAAUAAGGUCGACAAGAGGCGGAAAGUUAGGAUUAUAUGAUUGCCAAGAAAAGAAUCGUGUUAAUAUGCUAACACAAGUAGUCAGACUGCAUAUUACUUGAACAAAGAAGACAAAUAUGUUUGAUAAGGGAUGUGUGAUAAUAUUUGUGGGAGAUAGAGAGAGAGAGGGAGAAUUAUAAUACACCUUUCCAGGCCUCAAAAGCUUGGCCGGCAAAGAGGACCAUGGAAUUGCCUCAGUGCUAUUGCUUUUCUGAAUUUUAUCUUUACCACUAGACACAAAAUUCAAGUUCAAAUUUUCCUGUUUAGUAGAACUAUGUUUGGUAGAAGUGCGCUUGGAAGGUGCUACGACAAUCUCCUGGAUGUUAGAUUGAGCAACGUCUUGUUUUGGUGAAAGUGCUUCAAGUCGAGUACGAGUAGGAGUCAUUGGGAGUACCUGUGAUGCUAAAGCUAAUCGAUGUCACUACAUUAUUCUUUUUUUAGCAAACAAUAAAAUCAGCAUAAAACUUGAUUGUUUCCUUUGAUUUAAAAUAUAUUAUACAUUCCAUUGUAACAUGGUUUCUAUUAGAUUUCGGCUGUGAAAUUGAAUCAUUUUCAACUGAAGGGCAGAAUGAUCAUGAAAUUAUCCUCUGCCCCGAUUUUCAUGUUUGCCACACAGCAAUGGGUGACGCUACAGAUAUUUUUUUCUGAUGAAUAUCCUGUGUGUAAUAUGCAG